AUGCCACUGAACAUCAAUGAAAUUCUCCAAGGAGAUUUUGGCGAUAAUUCCUACCUUCCGGGCUCUCAUGAAGAACCACCCUCACCCACUGGCAAUCAAAACAACUCCGAUGAAUACAAGCCAACCAACCCGACUGAUCUCUUCAAUUUCAACAGAAAUAGUACCCGCGAUUAUGUUACUGAUAAAUGUGACGUGGCAAUUAUCUUUGCUAACGGUGCCUAUCACCAAAUUGGGGCUAUUGGCGCCAGCCAUUCUGAACAGCCUGCGUCCCAUGAAUAUGAUCAAACUGCUAAGGAAGCCGUUGACCGACAGCCUAGCAAAUGGAAGGAAGAUCAUCUCGCGCCGCCGCAUAUCCAAGAAACUCCGACAGGGCUUUUGGAUUAUCGUGACGCCAUGGGGGACCUCCUGAUGUAUUGA